AUCGGACUGCUCCCGCAACAAAACCCUAUCCCUAAAAACCCUAAUCCUGAAGCACUGUAACUGUUAUGGCAAGAGCCAUUUCCUCAUCCUGCGCACGGUUCACCAUGCGUCUUCUCUCCACCAGCACCUUCACUGCUACAUUACCCAAACCCUCAUCACUUUCACUCCCUUCGCGUCGUUUCCUUUUCCCUCUCUCCCAUGCCAUCGUUCCUCCCUCCACUCGCGUUGCCGGGAUCCGCUGCCGUGUCAACAAAGCUGGCGACUCCGCCUACUCGCCUCUCAACUCUGGAUCUUCGUCCUUCAGCGAUCGCCCUCCCACUGAAAUGGCGCCUCUUUUCCCCGGCUGCGACUACAACCACUGGCUCAUUGUGAUGGACAAGCCUGGUGGUGAGGGUGCCACCAAGCAGCAGAUGAUUGAUUGCUACAUCGAAACCCUUGCCAAAGUUUUAGGCAGCGAAGAAGAAGCUAAGAAGAAGAUUUACAAUGUUUCCUGCUCGAGGUACUUUGGUUUCGGCUGUGAGAUUGACGAGGAAACCUCUAAUAAGUUAGAAGGGUUGCCUGGAGUUUUGUUUGUGCUGCCGGAUUCGUAUGUCGAUCCAGAAAACAAGGACUAUGGCGCUGAAUUAUUUGUAAAUGGAGAGAUCGUCCAGAGGUCACCUGAAAGGCAGAGAAGAGUGGAACCACAGCAACAAAGGCAUCAAGACAGACCAAGAUACAAUGAUAGAACAAGGUAUGUCCGCCGCAGAGAGAACACGCAGUGAAAGACCAAUUUGUGAUAGGGAGAGGAAUGCAAUGUGUAUAUAAAACCAUGGAAGUACUGUAACAUGCAUUGUUUCAGUCUUGCCUUUGGAAACAUUUCUAUAUUAUAUUUCUGGUGUCACUGACUAUGUUAGUGCGGAGCUUCUAUUGGUGUAUUAGACCUCUUUUGUUAUAACUUUUAUUAUAAACGGAUCUUGAACUCAUUUCACUGUGUGUUCUGACCGACAUAAAGUUGCCAUAUUUGGUUUCGAUGC